ACCUGUGGUCCUCUGAAGAAACCAAAUUGGAACACUGAACUGGAAACUUCGACAGCCGACACUAUCAAUUUCAUUCGCUUUUUCUUCACUUUGUUUUGGAGCUAGCCACCACCAGCCUCCAAACUAGUCCGUCUUUGAUUCACUGAAUGCCAUUGUAUGGCAUUACGACAAUCGCCAACCAUUAACGACCCCAGAAUGUAGGAAACCUUAAUUUGCAGUAAUCCCCAGUUGGGCAUCUUAAAGUUAUUGUCUUUGGUCUUUUUCCCAUCUGGGCUUUGUUGUCAAGUUUCGGGUGUUGGAGUAUGGAGGAAGACAAGUACGCUAAGGAGUUGGACGUGGCCGUUAGAGUGGUGCACAUGGCUUGUGCUCUGAGCCAGAGAGUUCAAGAGGGUUUGGUUUCGGAUAACGGUGACCAGGUUAAGUCUAAGGACGAUGAUUCCCCUGUAACCAUUGCAGAUUGGAGUGUCCAAGCAACUGUUAGCUGGAUACUUUCUGAAUUCUUUGGGAGUCAAAAUGUAUCCGUUAUUGCUGAAGAAGAUGUGCAAACCCUUUCUAAGGCUGACUCAGUAGCUUUGCUUCAAGCUGUUGUGAAUACUGUGAAUGCAUGCUUAGCUGGAGCAUCUAAGUAUGGUCUUAAAGGUCCAUCAAAAACCCUCACGACAUCUCAAAUUCUUGAGGCUAUCAGCCGAUGCAACUCAGUAGGAGGCCCCAAAGGAAGACACUGGGUACUUGAUCCUGUUGAUGGAACAUUAGGGUUUGUGCGUGGGGAUCAAUAUGCUGUUGCUUUAGCCUUGAUUGAGGAUGGAAAAGUUGUUAUUGGGGUGCUAGGGUGCCCUAAUUACCCAAUGAAAAAGGAACUGCUCAAUUAUCAUUAUCAGUUCCAUGAAGCCAUGUCAAAGUCAUCUCCACCUUCUCUUGAUAUAUGGGAAAGAGGUUGUGUGAUGUAUGCAAGAAAAGGCAGUGGGGAGGCAUGGAUGCAGCCACCCAUCCACGGAGAUAAGUCGUUUGAGUGGCCAAAUUCUGCUAAACGUAUUAGGGUUUCUUCCAUCGAUGACCCAGCACUGGCUACUAGUUGUGAACCUGUGGAGAGAGCAAAUUCAGACCACUCCUUCACAGAAGGGCUUGCUCACAGCGUAGGGUUAAGAAAGAAGCCCAUGCGUGUGUAUAGUAUGGUGAAAUAUGCAGCCAUAGCUCGGGGAGAUGCUGAACUGUUUAUGAAGUUUGCACGGACAGGGUACAAAGAGAAGAUUUGGGAUCAUGCUGCAGGGGCGGUCAUUGUAGAAGAGGCUGGUGGUGUAGUAACUGAUGCUGGGGGGCGGCCCCUUGACUUUUCCAAGGGACCGUUCUUAGAAGGUCUUGAUAGAGGAAUAAUUGUUUGUUCUGGGGCCACACUGCAUGAGAAAAUCAUUGAUGCCGUUUAUGCCAGCUGGGACUCUUCUAAUUUAUGAGGUUUUCUGUACCGUGCCGAUAGAUGGUAUGGCAGUAGAUUUGCAUACUCGGUGAGGGCAAGAAAAUUGCUGAGAAAUGGCGCUCACUUGCAUAUUUGAAUUUCAUAGUGUUUGGUAGGUAUCAUGAGGGGUCUGGGAAAACCUGCUAAUGUGAGGUCAAGUUUUACAGGAGAAGUAUAAGGUUUGGUGAUUGUGCUCAACUAAUUCAAGAACAAAGUCGCCGAAUGCCUAUUGAUGCAUAUGACUGAAAUCUUUUUGAAAGUUUUGCAGUUGAUAUUGCCUUGUGGAUUGGUACACCUAAUUGAAGGCUUCCCGAGGUGGUAUGAGUUAUUACUUUCUUUAUUCUCGUACGUUCUUCAGCUGUGUAAUUCUGUGGCCAAUGGCCUUUACUAAUUCAUCCUAAACACGGUCUUGGUGUCACAAAAAUUUGCAAUCUGUGAAAUUUU